UUUUCCCUUUUGGCUCGACCUCCCAACACGAUAUCAUGUCAGACUACACGACGCUGCAAGUGCACGCUGGCCAAGAAGGCGGCGAGCCGGGCUCGCGCGCGCGCGCUGUGCCGAUCGUCGCGUCGAGCUCGUUCCUUUUCGACAACACGGACCACGCCGGCAAGCUCUUUGGCCUCGAGCAGUUUGGCAACAUCUACUCGCGCAUCAUGAACCCGACCAACGACGUGUUUGAGAAGCGCGUGACGGCGCUCACGGGCGGCGUCGCGUCCGUCGCGUGCGCGUCUGGCCAGGCGGCGCAGGCGCUGACGAUCUUUACGAUCGCGCAGGCCGGCGACAACAUCGUCUCGACGUCGUCGCUCUACGGCGGCACGUACAACCAGUUCAAAGUCGCGUUCCCGCGCCUCGGCAUCAACGUCAAGUUUGCGGACCACGCCAAGCCCGACUCGAUCGAGAGCUUGAUCGACGACAACACCAAGGCCAUUUACGUCGAGACCAUCGGGAACCCGGAGCUGGAGGUGCCGGACUUUGAGGCGAUUUCCGCGAUCGCCAAGGCCCACGGCAUCCCGCUCAUUGUUGACGACACGUUCGGCGCGUGCGGAUACCUCGCGCAGCCCAUCAAGCACGGCGCCGACAUCGUUGUGCAGAGCGCGACCAAGUGGAUUGGCGGCCACGGCACGACGAUCGGCGGUGUCGUCACGGACGCCGGCACCUUCAACUGGGGCAACGGCAAGUUCCCGCUCAUGGCCAACCCGAGCCCGGGCUACCACGGCCUCAACUUUUGGGACACCUUUGGGCCCGGCGGCGUCCUCGGCGUAAACGCGUGCUUUGCGAUCCGCCUGCGCGUCGAGUCGCUGCGUGAUUUUGGCGCGUGCCAGAGUCCGUUUGGGUCGUUCCUCCUCCUCCAGGGCCUCGAGACGCUUUCGCUGCGCGUCGACCGAGCGAGUGACAACGCGCUCGCGCUCGCGCACUGGCUGCUCGAACACCCGAGCGUCGCGUGGGUCUCGUACCCGGGCCUCGAGUCGCACCCGUCGCACGCGCUCGCGAAGAAGUACUUGCACCGCGGCAAGUUUGGCGCCGUCUUGACGUUUGGUGUCGUCGGCGGCCUCGAGCGCGGCAAGUCGUUCAUCAACAACGUCAAAUUGGCGAGCCACCUCGCCAACGUCGGCGACUCCAAGACGCUCGUGAUCCACCCCGCGAGCACGACGCACCAGCAGCUCACGACGGAGGAGCGCGCGGGCUCGGGCGUCAAGGAGGACCUCGUGCGCGUCUCGGUCGGCAUCGAGCACAUUGAUGACAUCAAGGCCGACUUUGACCAGGCGCUCCGCGUCUAACCUAGUAUGUGGAGCGGUAUCCCAUGCGAAUACAGUAGUGUUUUUUAUGUUGAGCAAGGUAUUGUGAAUGACGUG